AUUAUUCUAAGAGCCAAGAAGCCAUGGCGGAAAUAAUUAAAAAAUUGAACAUUAACAAAUAACAAUAUGGCGUCGCAAUCGUCAAACUAAAAAUGGCGUUAGCGUUCACAUUGUGACAAGCACAAGACUUUAUUUGUGUACGACAUUGAAGAAUUUAAAUAAACACUUAUUAGUUAGUUCUUGGUUGAGUGUAGCGUCAAACAUACCAUUUGUGAAUGUGCUAGUGGAUGGUAUAGUGAAAGAUAAUAAAUAGAUGUAUUUAUGAUAAUUAUAUGGCGUGGCGAUGACGCAGUUUCUACCACCAAAUCUUCUUGCCCUAUUCGCGGCACGGGAUCCAAUCCCCUAUUUACCGCCAGCAGCAAAACUUCCCCAUGAGAAGAAACAAAAAGGCUACGAUGGAGUCGGCGCUUUUCUCCAUAUUUUCGAGCACCCGUCUGAAACACCUCCACCUACCAGAGUGGAAACAAGAGAAGAGAGACUUGAAAGACGAAGACGAGAGCGUGCUGAGCAGACUGCAUACAAGUUAGAGCAAGAAAUAGCAUUAUGGGACCCCACAACCAACGCUCCGGCCACGGGCGAUCCAUUCAAGACUUUGUUUGUUGCUAGAAUAAACUAUGACACAUCUGAAUCCAAGCUUCGGAGAGAGUUUGAAGGAUAUGGAGUAAUAAAGAAAAUUCAUAUGAUAUAUAAUAAAGAUAAUGGAAAACCGAGAGGAUAUGCUUUCAUUGAAUACGAACAUGAGAGAGACAUGCAUUCCGCGUACAAGCACGCCGACGGCAAGAAGAUCGACGGGAAGCGCGUGCUGGUCGACGUGGAGCGAGCGCGGACCGUCAAGGGCUGGCUGCCGCGGCGACUCGGCGGCGGGCUGGGCGGCACGCGGCGCGGCGGCGCGGACGUCAACAUCAAGCACUCGGGCCGCGAGGACAACGAGCGCGAGCGGGAGCGGUACCGCCUCGAGCAGCGCGAGCGGGACCGCGACGAGCGCCGCGAGCGCGACCGUGGCCGACGUCGUAGUCGGUCUCGUUCUCGCCGACGUUCAGCGUCUCGCUCGCGCAGACGGGAACGCGAGAGGGAGAAGCGAGACGACGAUACCGAGAGGCGGCGGCGGCGGUCGCGCUCGCGGUCCGAGCGGCGGCGCGAGCGGCGCGACCGCGACAAGGAGCGCGACAAGGACCGCGAUAAGGACAAGAGGAGGAGGCGAGACAAGGACAGGAAGGAGCCCAAGGUCAAGCCCGAGGACAUCAAGAUCAAGGAGGAGCCGCAGGACGAUUAUCCAGAGUUCAGCCUGCCGGCCCUCGACGUCCAGAUCAAACAGGAGCCGAGCGAGGAUGAAAAUAAGUAUAACCCCGAAGAAGCUAACGGCGAUGAUUAUAACUAUUAAACUAUACACGAACUCACACGAGGCGUCUGGCAUCUCAGACGUUACAGCUGACGCUGGACUGUCAGUCCACGUACACUUUGGGAAUAGUCAUAAAUACACCACCAUCGGGAUCCGUUGCCAAGUAGGUACAGGAUGCAAGUCUCCGAUGUUCUCUCACUAAUUACGUAGCUAUUGAAUAUUAUACACACACAAUUUCAACAUCUGUGCAUUAAUAGACGAUAUGAACGGAUCUUACUGAUCACUUACCAUUGUGAUUUUAAUUGAUUUUGCGUAAUUAAAGGGACCAUGUGAAAAUUGCGUUUCGUUUCAGCUGUAUUUGAUUGUACCCUACGCCAAAACAUUAUACGUGAAAUGGAAAAAUUUUUUUUUGCUUUCCAAACUAGCCAAUGCACGAGACAUACUAUAGUUGACAAAUCUGUGCGCAAAUGCAGACAGUAUUCCCCCACUAGUAAUCAGAUUUUUUUUUUUGCAAACCGUACUUUUCUAACAUGAGACAUAGUGGGUGUCUUAGGUGACACUUUAGUUUAAACAGCCUACAUGGGUAGUCUGAUAUAUAACAGCAAACCCACUAAACUGUUAGAAUAAACCUUUCGUUCAGGAAUAUUAAUAAAAAUAUUUCAUGUAAAUAAUUUGAAACUUUUUUCUCUUUGAUAAAUUUCGUCUUUCGUCAAAAUCUAUGUUUUGUUUAAGCGCUUAAUAUCGUUUAUAGCGUAAUGUCACUUUGGGAGUAACACAAAGUAUUUAAAUAUUAUAUAUGAUAUUUAUUAUAUAUAUGAUAACGAAUGAACCAAAAGUGUACGGUCAGCAUAAAACAUUUUUGCCUUAUUUUGACUCAUGUAAUGUAUAACUAUGUGUGUGAACACGUAAAUAGUUUUGACCAUAAUUAUAGUCUACGGUAUUAUUUUUCGUUUAGUCUGUAUGAUGACCAAUGAGACGAUGGGGUGAAGUCAGUUCAGACGUCACGGUGAGUUUGUGAAUCCCCGAGUUUUAGACGAUUAAGAAAUAGCGAUUUUUUUAUAAAAAAAAAACGGCCUUGUUUAUAAAUGUUUAGCGGGUGUAUAUUAAACAUUGAUUGGUCUCUUUCUCUCAUCGUUGGUUUGACAUUCGACAGAAGAAGACAGUCGUUUAACUAAUAUCCCUUAAUAUCAUUUAUAGGUGAAGUCGGUAAUGUUCAAAGCAAUAAAUACCGAUUCUCGUUGAUUAUGUUGUAUACGAUAUUUUUUAAACUAAUUUGAAAGGAUUAAAAUAUUUAUUUGAUAUUUAGCUGAAGAUUGCAGGUUCAAUCCUGGACAAAAUCACUGAUUUAUCAUGUGCUUUUUGUGUUUGUAAUUGAUCUCGUGCUAGAGAAGGAUGGCAUUGUGAGGAAACCUGCCUUUGUCGACUAAAAAUCGGCUCAUUGUUUUCUUCAAAGCGAGAUAUGUUAUAAACAAAUUAGGCUCGAUAAUUCAGCGGGGGACUACCCGAGUUCGAACCAGCAAUCAUCACUUAAAUCCACAUAUGCUCGACACUUGGCUGGGUUUUAUAUGGCUAUCCCCUUUUAACCCUCUGCAUUAGAAUGAGAGAGGUGUAUUUAUUCUGCUCAAAUAAGUUGAGAUUUGUGUACAACAAUCGAUUCCAUUGUUUAAAAUGAACUUUUAGUUCUAAAUAUUAAAAUGUCCUGUGUUCUAGAUAAGGUGAUAAAAAAAUAUAAUAAUAUAAAA